AAAGCAGAGGGGAGCUGCAGAGAUGGGUGGGGGUGAGAACAGAGAGGUAAUUGUAUACGUAAGACUGAGGCAACCGUAGCAGAGGGGUACUGCUGCAGAGGGAGAAGGAGGGAAGACGUUGUUCUUGGAACAGAGAGUAAGCAAGAGGAGAAAAGGAGGAAACGGGAACAUUUCAAAGAUGGGAAAGUUGAAGCUCUGAUGAAUCAGAGGAGGAUCUGGGAAGUCCACAGAAGACGGAUGCAAUGAGAAACUGGGCUGAUCAAGAGCCAGGAAAAGAGGAAGGGCGUCCGUCUAUCCAGCUGACAAAAACAGCUGCCCGGGAGCUGGAGUCGCCCUCCAGGAUCCAGGAGGUGAAGGCGACACAAAGGGACAGACGAGGAGGAGCAGGUAGGACAGACGGAGGAAAGAAGGCGUCCAGGACCUCGUCAUCCCACAUGGGGUGCGCCCUGAGCUCGGACUGGUGCGGGGAGGGAGUGGUGCAGCCGGUGCCGGUGGUCAGGAGCUCGUCUCUGCACAGGAGGAGUCUGGAGAGGAGCGAUAGCGGCAGGAUGAGGCUGACAAAGUCGGGGAAGGGAGAGCCUCACGUCUUCAAAGAAAAGGCCUUCAAGAAGAAGCGUCAGUGCAGCGUCUGUCGGCAAAACAUUGACAGCGUGGGCUCCUUCUGCAGAGGAUGCAAAACAGCCACCCAUAGGAAGUGCGAGGCCAAGGUGACCUCUGCCUGCAUCCCAGCGCCCUCCAACGAUCUGCAGCGUAGAGGGACCGCCCCUUCACGACAGCUCCAACACCUGGGAUCGACCAAGUCUUUGACCUACACCAAGCAGAGGAACACGUUGCCCAGGAGCUUCAGCGUGGACCGUGUGAUGGAGCGCGUGAUGGAGCGCAACUAUGACUUUGACCUGACCUACAUCACGGAGAGAAUCAUCUCCGUCUUCUUUCCUCCGAAGCUGGAGGAGCAGAGGUAUCGGAUCAACCUGAAGGAAGUGGCGGCCAUGCUCAAGUCCAAACACCAGGACAAAUUUCUGCUCCUGAAUCUCUCUGAAAGGCGCCAUGACAUCACCAGACUGAAUCCAAAGGUUCAAGACUUCGGCUGGCCCGACCUGCACGCCCCGCCGCUGGAUAAGAUCUGCGCCAUAUGCAAAGCCAUGGAGACCUGGCUGACCUCCGACCCUCAGCAUGUUGUGGUCCUGCACUGCAAGGGGAACAAAGGUAAAACUGGCGUGAUCAUUGCGGCGUACAUGCACUACAGCAAGAUCUCUGCAGGGGCGGACCAGGCUCUCAGUACUCUUGCCAUGAGGAAGUUCUGCGAAGAUAAGGUGUCCUCGUCUCUCCAGCCGUCCCAAAACAGGUACAUCUAUUACUUUGGAGGUCUCCUCUCUGGAGCCAUAAAGAUGAACAGCAGCCCGUUGUUCCUCCAUCAAGUCCUCAUCCCAUCUCUUCCAAACUUCCAGGGGGAAGGAGGUUACUACCCCUUCCUGAAGAUCUACCAGUGCAUGCAGCUGGUCUACACCUCUGGAAUAUAUGACCUUCAGGGCACAGGAGGCCGACGUCUGUGUGUGACCAUCGAACCGGCGCUGUUGCUGAAGGGUGACAUCAUGGUGAAAUGCUACCACAGGCAGGCCCAGAGCGCCGACAGAGACACCGUUUUCCGGCUGCAGUUCCACACCUGCACCGUCCACGGGUCCCAGCUGUGGUUCGGCAAAGGAGAGCUGGAUGAAGCUUUCACUGAUGAACGUUUUCCUUCUGACGCCACCGUGGAGUUCAUCUUCUCCUCUGGACCUGAGAGGAUCAAAGGCCGGGAAUAUCACAAGAACGACCCGGCCGUGACGGUGGACUACAACACGGCCGACCCGGUGGUCCGCUGGGAUUCCUACGAGAACUUCAACCAGAGAUACCAGGACAGCCUGGAGGACAUUGCCCACACCAGAGGUCCUGUAGAUGGAAGCCUGUAUGCACAGAUCAAGAAGCGCAGAGCAGCUGGUUCCGGUUCCCUCAACUCCACCAACGGCAGCAGUCCUGGGGGGCCCCUUGGCGACGACAGGCCCGAUCACUUCAUUGGCCGGGGAUCUGACUCCGCCCUCUCUGCUCACUCUCUGCAUUUGAACCAAGCAUCGACCCAUCCCGACCACGAUGAGGCGCUGCUUCGCCCGCCGCCACCGCCGACAAGGCAGGAGAGGGAGGAGCUUGAACGUCUUCUUGGCGGCAUCGAGGGCAGCAGAGAUGGGGAACGGGAGACGGCCAUCUUGGAUGAUGGAGACACGCUGGAGAGGACGGGGACGUUGGGUCUGAGCCGCUCCUGCUCCUGUCGGGAGGGUUACCGGUCGCAGCGCUGCGCAGAGCCCGGCUGUGAUCGGACCCUCCUCAUGCCCAACGGCUACUGCCUGGAUCGAGCCCCGGGGACCAACGGCCACCACGGGGCAGCCCCCCUGGCUGCUCCCCCCUCGCAUGUGGAUCUAUGCCAGCAUUACAGCCCCCACAGCCACCAGCCCCUCCCACCCCCAGACCUGGUGUGGGACAGGCAGAGUGGCCCGGCUCAGUACUUGCACCGGACCUGUUCGGAGGCCUCUCGCCACAUCUGUCCGUACCCUUCACCGGAUCUGACCCCCCACAACCAUUCCCAUCACCACCCCGCGCCUGCCCCCGGCCGCUUCUGCUGCCGGGAGGAGGACUAUCUGCCCUACCACCACCCAUCUCCACCUCACAGCCACCACCACCUCCACCCAAAACCCCCCGCCAGCCCCACCUACCAUGACAUAAUGCUGCUGGACGGCCUGCCGCCCCCUCCCUGCCUGUGCAGAGAUUGCAGCAUCAGGAGGGAAGACUCCUACCACAGCCUGAGGCUGGACCGCGGCGACAGCUUCCACUGGGACAGAGAGGCGGAGCUUCAGCAAAGAGAGGUGGGGCUUAGAAGGACCAGGGAGGCGGAGCUAGCCAGAGCGUCAGACCUCCACUGGGAAAGAGAUUCCGGGCUGAGACGAGGCAGAGAGAUGUCCCUCCACUGGGAGCAGGACAGGGAGGCGGAGCUUCAGUGGGAGAGGGAGGCCGAUUAUUGGCACAGAAGAGCCACCGUAGCCUCCUACGGCUCGCAGAGCCACGACCCCCCAGCCUUCACCUAUGACCCUCUGCCCUCCGGUCACCCCACCUAUCCUGAAGCAUCGAGGUCGCACGCCCACUCCCACCUGGAUCUGAAGUACAGCAGCAGCAGCAGCGGCUACCAGACGCCCCGCCAGGUCUGCCCCUGCUCGCCAUACCAGCCCUCACCGUCUGAGAGCAGAGGCUACGCCUCCGGUUACCAGUCCGAGUCAACGUCACCGCUGCCUCCCCCUUCCUCCAUGACGGGACCCUGCAGCCACAGCAACGGGACCGCCAACCACAGCCACCCCCAUCCAGACUCACAGCAGUGCUACCACCCGGACUCCCACACCGAUGCUCUUCGUAGUUCUGGAGAAAGCGUGGGCUGGAGGGACCACAUCACCCACGGCUCCUUCAAGAGGGUCCACAGAGACGCUCACGGCGCCUGCUCCACGCCGUCCGAUAUGUCCGGCCCUCCCACUCCGGUCCACACCAGCAGCCCCCUGCGCUCACAGGAGAGCCCCAGUCCAGGAGGGAGGGACUUCCACAUCCGGACCACAGACAUCAUUGACGACUACGAGUCUCCGCAGCUGCAGGAUGCACAUCACCGUGGCAACGACACGGUCGCGGAUAGUGGGAGGAGCCCCAAAAGCAGCUCAGAGGGCUCCUCUGUCCAACUCAGAGAUGCACAGUCGCACACAGACCCCGCCCCCACCUCUCCACAGCACAGCCCGGAGACGACCACGCCGUCUUCUUUAGAUUCCGCUGCGUCCUGUCAGGCCCCUCCUCCUGCCCCCGCAGGUCCUCCCACACCAACUCCUGCGGAGGGAGCUGCUCCGCCCCCCACAUCCCCGGAUUCCCUGCCUCAGAGCCAAAGCAACGCUUCGGUGCAGCCCAACGGAUCCUCCCCCUCUCAGAAACCUCUGCCCGCAGCCCCCGAAUCCUCCAGCCCCACCUUUGCCCCCCCACCGUCAUCCAACAGCAUGGAGGGCUCCCCGGUGUCCGACCCUCCGGUUCCCGGGUUUGCCACUCUGAGCAGGCGUCUGAUGUUGAGUGGGUCAGAUCUCCAUCACCCCAGUUACCCUCAGAACCACGGCGCCCUUCAUUACCACCCCCCUGCUGCGGAGCACUGCGCCCCCCUGGACACCAACAAGAGGCACUGCCACUCACACCUCCACCCCCCGUCCCUCUCCUCCACCAUCUCCAUCCCCCUUCCCCACCCGCAGCCCCCGCUGCCGGAGAAACGGCAUCACCCCGCCCUGUCUGACUCCGCCAGGCCCGCCCCCGGCUCCGCCCAGCAUCAGCACCACGUCACUUUCUCUCCAACUGUGGGGGAAGUUGCACCCCCCGCAGGCCUAAAUGACGAGGUGGCGCACGGUGAGGCGGCGAGCAGAGUCAGCGUGAAGUUCGUCCAGGACAGUUCCAGGUUCUGGUACAAACCCGGCAUCACCAGAGAACAAGCCAUCGCCGCUUUGAAGGAGAGAGAACCAGGAACCUUCCUCAUCAGGGACAGCAACUCCUUCCAGGGGGCGUACGGCCUGGCCCUGAAGGUGGCGGUCCCGCCCCCCAGCGUCCACAACAACAAAGGGGGGGACCCUCUGGAGCAGCUGGUGAGGCACUUCCUGAUAGAAACCGGCCCCCGAGGAGUCAAGAUCAAAGGCUGCCAGAAUGAACCGUACUUCGGGAGUCUGUCUGCGCUGGUCUACCAACACUCCAUCACCCCCAUCUCUUUGCCCUGCGCCCUGCAAAUCCCAGAGAAAGAUCUCCUGGGGGAGGUGCAGGAGGCCCCGCCUGUCAGUAACAUCAGCACGGCGGCCGACCUGCUGAAACAGGGAGCAGCCUGCAACGUCCUCUACCUGAACUCUGUGGAGACAGAGUCCCUGACUGGCCCCCAGGCAAUCGCCAAGGCAACAGAGGCCACCCUCGGGCGACAGCCGCGUCCUGCCGCCACCGUGGUCCAGUUCAAGGUGACGUCGCAGGGCAUCACGCUGACGGACAGCCAGCGCCGGGUCUUCUUCAGGAGGCACUACCCCGUCAACAGCGUCACCUUCAGCAGCGUCGACCCGAAGGACCACAGGUGGACUAACCCCGACAACACCACGGUUAGGGUCUUUGGGUUUGUCGCCAAGAAGCCCGGCAGCCUGGCGGAGAACGUCUGCCACCUUUUCGCCGAGUUGGACCCCGAGCAGCCCGCCUGCGCCAUCGUCAACUUCAUCAACAAGGUCAUGCUGGCGCAGCGCCGAUAGAGGCCAAAAGAGAGUUCUGUCGGGGUCCAGACGAAGCGGUUCAGGGGGAUCUUAAGAGUCUGAGGUGUCAUGAAGCAAGUCGAUCCACUAAAGCUGUGCUCAGAAGGUCACAGCUGGAUCCUUCCUGGUGCUGAAUGCAGCAAACCGGGUUUAUUCAGAAGCUAAAGUCAGAAUUUAGCAGGUGGAGCAGAAAUGCGGAGUCAAAAAACACAGGAAGCAAAAAAUAGUUCCACUUGUUUUCCUUAAGUAUCAAACAUUUAUCAGGAACUAAAAUGCAAUUUUAAGCUUAAUUUUCUUUAUUUAUGUCCUCCAUCAUAAAAAAAAAUCCCACAAGAACAUGUUAAGAACACCAAAAACAGGAUUUUUACCGGCGUGGGUCUUUAAAGGAUAAUGUUUUGUCAUUUCGCCCUAAAUAUGAUACCUGUUUUUAAUUCGGCCACUUUUAAGAAAUGCUCAAAGUUCAAAGGUCGGGUGAAGAUGGCGGUUCGAUUUGUUCUCACACAUACAAACAACUAGAACGGAGAAGUUCCCCACAGCAACUGAUUGGUUAAAAACAAAAAAAAAACGUGACAAAAGAAAAUGAGUAGAGAGCAAACCCAGUUGUCAGCUGGUGAUGCGAGGUUUCCAUGGUGACCAGAGUCAGAGUUGCUUCAUGGCUCAGACCCUCAGAGACGAUCCACCGUGACCAAACCCACAGAGAUGUAUGCUCAGCUGCUCCACAGCGGCACCUAUGGGUCAGCGGACGGCCGACAAUCUUUCGUGUUCCACAUUACGGAGAGACUGGCGGAGCUCUGCAUGUCUGCAACGUGUACGAGUGGGGGUGGGGGUGUAAACGUGUUGAAUUUAAGGACGUGUUCGCUUUAAAGUCAAAUGAGGAAGACGAACCAAACCAGACGAGUUGUGAAACCUUUGAUGAUUCAGCGCUUUACACGACCAAACACACGACAGACGUACGUAACCAAAGAUGAAGCACUCUCCUAUUAAUAAGCUUUUUAUUCAGUUAUAUUUUUGUACUUAUUGCUUCGUAUAUUUUUAUGAUACUUUUCUGGUAGGAAAAAAAAAACCACACAACUUUGUAUUCCAGCAAUAAUAUAUUGUGUAUGUUCUUCUCUUUGAUCCUCAUGUAGUAAUAAUAUAUUUUCACAUGCAGCUAUGGGCCAAAAGAGGAACCGUUUGUUCAUUUGAAAAAGGAAACUAUGCUGUUUUAUAUGAACAGAAAUAAAGACUUUAAACCCAGA